CGACUGCAAGGUUGACCCGAAGGAAAGCGGGCCGUUGCCACAUAUACACAAAGGAUAGGACACGUAUGGGGAAGUUGAAUUGGAAGAGGAAGGGAGGGGGAAAGGGUGCUGAGUUGACAACGAACAAGAAGAGCAGACUCGUCGUGAAGGGGAUCGACGACGGGAAUAAUAAUAAUAAUGGCGCCAAUGACGAAAAGGUUGUCGACAGUGUCCGGGAAGCCAGGGGACGGGGAAGACAGGAGUCAGCCGAUGUCAAACGCGCAGGCGGGGUUGGAGUAGUAGGUGUGAGGGCAGAUGGUAGAGAGACAGACGAGGAGGAGGGGCCCGCCGUGGAUAGCGGGAAGAAGCAUCAUGUCCGAAGAGAGGAUGUAUCGGAGGCGAAUACUCAGCGAGUAACACGCCAGAGUACGCGUUUGGAAGCCACGGGUGAUGGAGUGAGGGGGCACGGCAAAGGGAUGAAGAAGCGGGGUACCGAUGAUGAUGCCGGGAGGAAUUGUGGCGUUGAGGCAGUGGAGGGCGCUGGAGCGGCGGGAGGGAACGAGCGCGUUACACGUCAGACUGUGCGGCUGCGCAAUCAGGGCAUCGCAUCAAGUCACUCCUGGCAGGCGCCCAACGCGCUGGCGCACGUCGCGGCGGACAAACGGGCUAGUAGUGGUAAUGGCGGUGGUCGUUGUAGGGGUUCGAUCCGUGGAAGGGAGGAUGAUCGGGGAGGGUUGAUGGACCAAUCGGAUGUGGGCUCACGCGCUGGGCGAGCGAGAGGGGCAUCAGACGGCUGUGCUGUGGCCGUUACCAAGCGCGCAGGGAAAAAGCGGAGAGAGGCUUUCCCCGCGCGGCUUGGUGAUGCAGGGCAACGAAGACGGCUUCUACUGGUUGAAGAAUCGGAUGAGGAGGCAAAGGACGAGGAUGAGGAUGAGGAGGAUGAGGAGGAGGCGGAGGAGGAAGAGGCGGAGGCGAAGCAGACGGAAGAGGGGGAAAGGGAGGGGGAGGAGGUGGAAGAGGAGGCGGAGGCGAAUCAGGGGGAAGCGGGGAAGGAGGAAGUGGGGGACAAGGAAACGGGUGCCGUGGGGAAGGAGGAGAGGGAGGGGGAGGAGGAGGAAAUCAAACGCCGUCAUGAUAUCGAAAAGAGUCCGCGACGUCGUGCAGGACAGGCGUCAAGUCGAAGAACAGCGGAUGCAAAAGUUGUUAGAGGCGGGUUACGGGCUGCGAGUCCAUUAGAGGUCAACAGGGAUGCGAGUCCUUCAGAGGUCAACAGGACUGCGAAAAGGAAGAAGGGAGGCAAGGGUGAUUGUAUGAGCCCAUCAUUGACUUCCGAGAAGGAUUGCCGCCUUCGUAAGAGGAGUCCCGCGCGCCGCCUAGAGAUGUCGUGUGACGGAUUGGGAACAAUUAAACAUCGUUCGUCGCCGCGAAAGUCGAUAGAUGGGCGGUCAGACGGCGAUGAUGGAGCAUGUCGGGAUGAUGAUGAUGAUGCAGAGGAACGUGCUCUCAUCGAAGACGAGGAGGGUGAGGAGGCUCACGGUCGUGAUUAUCAUUCAGAAGCGAGAGAAGAAGAGGAAACGCCCCAUUCCGAUGCCGCCUUUGCUUGCUCCCCUGUCUUGUCUUCGCCUUCCGCUGGGAUGAGAGCUAGUAAAGGGCCGCCCGCGGGCUUAGCCCGUGAGCGGAAGAAACGGGUGUUUGGUCAAGGGAGCCGCUUGCCGGCUGCUGCGGGAAGGGAUGAGCUGUCGAAUGAUGGCCAGAGCCCGGAUUUCGUGGAGUCCGCGAAGCUUCGAACGGCUUCUGCGAGGGACGACACCGACGCUGGCGAAUCUUCUGAGGCGAGCCUCAGCGGCGGCCGGAUGGCGGACGCGAGGGUGAAGAAGGUGCAGGGCGAGGACGAUCAUCCUUGGAAGAGGAAGGAGAAGGCAUCGCAGGGCGUGGAGGGGAGCGAUCAUGGCGACGAGGAAAAAAGCGGUGGUACGGCUGGUGCACAACGAGACCGCGACGUGGAACCGGGUUCGCGCGGGCGUGACGCGGCAAGCAUGGACGGGAAUGUCAUUAAUAAUGUCGUGGGGAGUGAAGUGAAGAUUGGUGCAGGGGGGAUCAGAAAGGAGCACGUUUCGAGAACAGAGAGGGGGAGGGAAGUUGGUGUUUUGGCAGGUACUGCGCCCUUAGCGGUUUUAGCAGGUGUCAAGGGUGCGUCGUUAUCGCCGACAGAUGUGGCAGGCAGGAGGGCGCGGCUUCGGCCUACAGGCAGGCGAAUUUCCUCUAGGUCUGGGCAUUCUACGGUUGUAGAAGAGUCUCCCAGGCCGGAGGUAGAGGCGGCAGCCGAGCUUCCGGUAGCCAGACUGGAAGUGGUGCGACGUCGCCUGCGGCCCCGGCGAGCCGACGGGUCAGCGGGAAUCGUUGAAACGGAACAGAUAGCGACCUCUCCUCCUCUUGCGAGCGCUUCUCCUCCUCUUGGUGGCACACAGACUGAAGCCGGUGGUGCUUGUGUCCCUCGUCAACAAGCUUCUCUUCCCUGUGAUGACGGCUCCAAGAUCCCGUCCAGGAAUUCCAAGGCUGGUGCCCCUCCGGAGGAGAUCGAUUUCAGAGAGCCGCCGACUACGAGCGUCCGUGCAGAAGUCGGCAAUGGAGGCAAUGGAGGAGGAGGAGGAGGAGGUUCCCACCACGAUUGUUCCCCAGCAGACGCCGAGGACGUCGCCGCCGGCGGAGGCGACAAUGCGAGUGAGGCAGCCCGCGGCAGAAGCCAUGCCAAUCAGCAGCAUCAACACCCUCCGUUCCUUACGCCCCCGGUAACCUAUCGUCGCCGUGGGACGGCUGGGAGUAGCCCUCCUCUUGCAUCACCUGGAGGAACAUGUGGGUCGACCGCCGCUGGAAGCGGGAAGCCGGCGAAAACCACCGCCUUAUCGUCGGUAGCGACCGGGGGUCCGGAACAUCCGGCUUCCUCUCUCCCGCGUCCGCCAACAACGCAGGGAGUGCAAGUGGAGGCUAAGCUCGAGGGGAAGGAGGGGGAGAGGCAGCAACCGCGGACGGAAGAAGAGAAGGAAAAGGGAGGAGAUGGACGACGUCCGGGAAAGGUGAGCAAGGAAGUAAAAGAAGUAGGAAAAGAGGACGAGAGAGAGGAAGAAGAUAAAGAGGAAGAGAGAGAGGAAGAAGACAAAGAGGAAGAGAGACAGGAAGAAGAUAAAGAGGAAGGAAGAGAGGAAGGGAAAAAAGGACAAGAAAGAAAGGCAGAAGAGGACGAAGAAAAAGAAGUGGAAGAAAGAAAAGAAGCAAAAGAGGAAGAAAGGAAGGUAGACGAAGAGAACGAAAAAGAGGUGGAAGGAAAAGAGGAAGAAACAAAGGAAGCACAGGAGGAAGAAAGGAAGGAAGAGGAGGAAGGAAAAGAGAAAGAGAGAGAACAAGAGAAAGGAGAAAAGACAGGAAAGGAUGGAGAAGAGAUACUGAAGGAGGACGAAGACGAGAUACAAGAGUUUGGAGGGGUAGAAGAGAAAGGAAUAGCAUCGCACGAAAAACCGGAAGAGGGCAAAGAAGAAGAAGAAGAAGAAGAAAAGAACAAAGACGAUGAUGAUGUUUUUACUGGCGGAGAUGACAAGCAGCGGAACUGGCGGUCCUCGGCGACGCCUCGAAAUCUGAGUAAGGACGACUUCUCCCCGGAAGCAGACGCGCACGGCCCAAUCGGAGGAGGCCCUGGUGAAUCGUCUGUGUUCACCGACGUGGCAAUUGCCAAAAGCCUUCCCUGUUUGGACUCAGAGGAGGCGUUGGGGAUAAUGGUGGACGAGUUGACUUGCGCCGUUAUCAAAAAUACUGCCACUGCUACUGCUGCUGCUACCGUCGACAUCAAGGACCAUGUAGGGGCGACGUGUUCCCCGCAUUCGAGGCCUCAGAAGAUCCUCCGUGGAAAUUCAUUAAAAAAAAGUAAAAGUACUUCGAGCUCCUCGACCCCGGCCAAGAAGGCACUGCAGGCGCUCGCCGCGGACGACAACACACGUAUCACGAGAAGCGGGGGGGGUGGGGGGAGGAAAAGUGGGAGCGGCUCUGCGCCAUGCAGGCGAGAAGUGGAGGACAGCGUCGCCGCCAAUGGUCAUCCAGAUUCCAGCGCCCUGUCUGACUCUGCAAAGCGACGUCUCGACCUGGAAACGGAGAACAUCAAGUUGCCCAAGGAUGGGAAUAUGCUGGGCGGCUCUCGUCAGCAACAUAGUCGGAAGACGAGAGAGCUGCCCGAGCGAGCGGCACGAUGUAAGAGACCGCUUGUUGACAGAGUCGACGAUGGGAGCGCGGAUGAAGAUGACGGCUGUGGCAGAUAUAAGCGGAGGCGCGGCCAACGCGAUGAGGACAACUUCGCCGACGAUAAAAAUGCUAAUGACGAUGAAAGAGUCGAUGAUGAUAACGACGACGACAAGUACAGAGGACGUGAUGAUGGUGGUGGCGAAGGACCUAGCGAGGGCUCUGGAAGAAGGCAGGAGAGAGAUCGGAAAGGGGCGGGGGGAGGGGCGACUUUUCUUUCGGCUGCAGGGAUCGGAGAGCGUGCGGUAUUUGCAAAGGGUUCCAACGCGACAACCACGAGGGCGGGGGGGAGCAGCGGCAGUGGCAGGUCAGUGACAGCGAGUCGCGCACAUGGGGGAGUGAAGGGUAGCAAGGGCCCAAGCGCGCAAGUGGGGACGGUUUCGGCUUCUGCUUCCAAAUGGUGCCAUCGCAACGAAGAAAAGAAGGGCGUGUCUGGGCAAGCUUUAGGGGCAGCAGCAGGGAAGAAAGGGGGAAUGAAAGUGGCGAGAACUCGAGCUGCGGCUCUGCGCGAUAGCGGCGGUGGAAAUGAAACCGGGAACGAGAGGACAUCUGCCGUCAUUGCGCCGCCGCCGCCGCCGCUGCCUCCUAUCGCGAGAUGCGAGUCCAAGAAGGUUCUUUGCAUGUCGACUCCUUUCAGGACCUUUAAACUCUGCUUUCGUCAUAUUCUGGAAGAUCCGUCGGCUCCUUAUCGCCAGUGUGACUACGUUUUCCCUGCAACAGGGGCGAGAUGCACAACCCCCGUUUUGAUCAAUCCCCCCGAAGACGCUAGAUUCUGCUCAGCGCAUGCGAGGAUGAUGAUGAUGAUGGGGAGCAGUAGUAGGGCGGCCUCAUCGGCUGAUGGCAAGAGUACUACGCGGCCUGGCGGGGCGGCAACUCCUGUGCCACCCCCUGCGCCAAUUGUGUCGCCUUCGUUGUCAUCGGGUAGACUGACUUCUUUGGCGUCCUCAACUGUGAACGUUUCCACGACGGUGCGGCCGGACCGUUGUUCUCCUAAUCCCUCUUCGCCUCCGCCUCUAUUGAAGAAAGUCAAACAGGAAAGUGUAGAAAACGGGAACGAGGAGGGUGAUCGGAUGACGAUGCGACCACCUCCACCUCCACCUCCACCUCCACCUGCUUCUCCUCGUCCUCCGCCUCUUUCUAUCAGCCAGUCAGGGAAGAAACGUUAUGCGGCAGUGGGCAUACGUGCAGACGAUCGAGGCAGUGGAGUGGCUCAUCACUCGGAUCAUGAGAUUGCAAAGACAGAGCAUCUGCCUCUGGCGUCUGGAGCGUUGGCGGCAUCGACGACAGCAGGCGGGCACGUGGGCGGCGAAGCGAAGGUAGUCGGCGGUGAUGGCGACGAUGGUGCCGAGGAUGGUCCUAGUGGUGGUCAAGCGAGACCCAAUUCUAGAGGUUCCGCGGGGAAUGCUGGCAAGGUGGGGCCGCGUGGCGGGGAUGAUGGCAAAAGGCCAAUGGCAAGGAGACGAGAUGCGGUAGAGGAAAGAGUGGAAACGGCGAGUGGUGGUGGUGCUGCUGCUGGUAGCGGGGAUGAUGCAUGUUGCGAGAAAAGCAAGAAAAAGAAGUGGAAGGACUCUAUAGUCACUUGUUCUGCUGAGCGGCGUGGUGCUGCAUCCGUGGCGAGGGAGCCGAUGCCGGCCAAGGACGGAACACGCGCAGGGGAGGCACUGGUGGAGCGACGAGUGGACAACGGCAGCACAAGGAGAGGGAAAUCUCUCGGUAACGGCGCUGAUUUGGACGAGGAUGAGGAGGAGAGGGGAGCUGUCGAUGAAAGAGCAGGGGCGACCGCAGCAGGGGCUGAACGACCUUGUCUACGUGAGGAUGAUCAUGGCAAUGAUGCUGGCGAUGGAAGAGGGCGAGUGGAACAGGAAGGGAGGGCAAAAGGUAUCGGGGGCUUGUCCGGGAAAACGGUGGUAAAGAUGGAGGAAGGGUGGGAGGCUGGGGGAGGGCGAGUGACACCCGCAGGUAUUUCCCGUGUGACAACACACACGGAGCGAAUGUCUCCGGCCCACUCGGCGAGAGGUCGAGGAUUCUCUCCGACGUUUGGCAAUAACGAGAGGAAGGCUGAUGUAUCUGGUAGCGGUAGGAUAUUGAAUAAUGACCACAGCAGGGUUGGUGAACACCCGGGGCUAGUUGUUUCGAAUGCGAGAGAGAGCGAGAGAAGGCGGAACAAGGUGACACGAGUGCACGUGAAGGUGGAAGACGAUGUAGGAGGUCAGCCAGUAGGGCGAGCGGGAAGUGAUAGAGGAUGUGUCGAGGGCAGAAAGACGGGGGGAGAGAUUCCGGUGAAGGAUGUGAAAGAGGAAGAGAGGAGGAGACAUAAGGCGACGCAAAUGGGCAUGGCGAGGCGGGAGGAAGACGGAGCAAGAAAGACAGAAACAGGACGCGGGACUAAUGAUAGAGGAGGUUUGGAGGACGAGAGCGGUGGACAGGCAGUUCGACGAGGGUUGCAAGAAGGAGGGAGGCGAGGGGCCGGAGUGGAGGGAUCGGUCAUGGCGCAGAGUGGGAAACGAGGGGGAAGCGACGAGAGUGCGCUCGGCGGACAAGGACAGGACGGAGAUGCAGCAGGACGAAGGGAUGGGUGUUCGAGGCAGAGAGGGGCAAUGUUUGCUCCUGUUGGACGAAACUAUUACGGCGUCACGCCAAGGCCAUGGGGAAAUUUUAUUGCAGAGAUAAAGGACCCAAACGGUGGCCUCUGUACGUUGUUGGGGUCCUUCGCAAAGGAGGAGGAUGCUGCACGAGCUUAUGACAGAGAAGUUUUACGCUGGGGACGAAACCUUCCCCUAAAUUUCCCGAAAGAGUCGUCACGUGGGCUGGAGAAUUCUACAAAAAGCGGCUCCGUCUCCCGAAAGGGAGGGCGGGGGGCGGCUGGAGGAGGAGGGGGCGGAGGGGAUGAAGGUGUUGGGGUGGGGAGGCGGGGGGGAGUUGGAACGGAUACGAGGAAGGAAGAGGGAGGGGGGAGGGGGGGAGCAAGGGAUGGAGCAGGAGCUAUCGGUAAGGGAGGAGGAGGAGGAGGAGUUAGGGAAGGAGGGGUAAGGGAAGGAGGAGGAAGAGGAGGAGUAAGGGAAGGAGGAGGAAGAGUAGUAGUAAGGGAAGAUGUAAGGGAAGGAGGAGGAAGAGUAAGGGAAGCAGGAAGGGAAGGAGGAGGGGCGGUUCUGAAGAAGGUGGUUUUUGUUCUGAAAGGGGAGACCAUGGCAGAAGGAGAGUGGGACGGUGAAGUGGAUCCGAACUGUAAGGAUGGGGAAGAGGAGCCGUGCUGGUCGGAUGAAGAGGAGGGCGAGAUCGUCGGGAAAAGCAGUGUGGGUUCAAGAAGAAGGGGGUCAGCUCGGGAAUUGAAAUGCGUUCCACCACCGCAUAGUGAAUCAGAGGGUUCAAGGAAAGGGGAAAGAAUAGAUAGACCUGUAACUCCUCUAACGGCAGCAGGAGCAGCAGAGAGAGAUGUGAAAACGGCCAAGGUUGCAUCGCCUUCUGCUUCUGGACGGGUGCAAUACUCCGUGAACUACAUCGGUGUCAAGAGGCUGCCAUCAGGAAAAUGGUUGGCCCAGUUUCGAGACAAUAAGAAUCCCGCUUGUAUUGAUUUAGGGGUUUUCGAUACAGAAGAAGAGGCAGCUCGGGCUUAUGAUGAAGCUGCCCGCAGGCGCCCCGAGGAGAACAGACUCCUUAACUUUCCGAUUGGUAAGAAGGAGGAGGGGCAAGGAGUGAGGAGCAGCAAAUCUGGGAAAAAUGGUGAGGGAAACUGGGGUGGGGAGAGGAAGAGGAGGAAAGGUAGGAAGGGACGGGGGUGCCUGAGCCCAGCGCGCACAUCACCACAUCAGUGUGAUGAAGGCGCGAAGAGCCCAUGGCGCCUUAGCCCGGGGAGGACCUUGUCACUUAAUCAGUCCGAUGAGGAGGAAGAUGAUCCUGAUCAAGGAAGGAACAUGGGAGUUGGUGAAUCAAGCACCGAAGGGGGGGGGGGUAAUGACGGGAGAGAAGUCGUCAGAGGUGGUGACCCUGGUACGGGAAGUGGAAGCGGAACGAGACUGUCAGAGAGUGAGAGCGGGAAAUCAAGGGUUGUUCUUCACCAUGAGGACCGGCCUCCUGUUGUGGAUGGCAACGGGGCUAGGCUAAACAAGCGCGAGCGAGACGGUGAAGGAAUGAAGGAUGCCGGGAGUGGGUGCAGAGGUCUGAAAGGGUCCUCACCAUCCGAAGAUAGAAGCGGUGACGAGGAUGCCGUUGAGCUUGUGGGCAUUACUCGGGGUAUCAAGUGUGAAAACGCUAAGCAUUCAGUGCUGUGUUCUUCUGGGAACGCGUUGGGUUCUUCUCGGAAUGAGGCAGGUCGCCGAGAAGAUCAGGGUGAUGAGAGUGAACGGAGAAAGGAGGAUGUGGAGGGAGAAUCUGUGGCGAGAGUGGGAACGACUGCAGAUGUGGAUUCUGUCACUAGAAGUGCGGAGUCAAAGCAGAAAGGCGAGAAGAUGGUGAAUGAUGGUGUUGACGAGGAAGUGAGGGUUGGAUGUCUGGCUGAAGCAGGAGAAGCUGUCAGUGCGAGGGAUGCAGGCUCAGACCCCGAAGGAGAGCGAGGGAAGCCACGAAAGCAGCAGAUCAUGAUCACCAGCCAACGAAUGCACAGUCCUGACAGUCGGAAAGGGUCAGGACAGCAAGUUUCUCCUCGUCCUCUCUCUUCUCCUCCUCCUCUUCCUGUCCCGCCUGAUGAAGGACCGAGAGGAAAGACACCAGAUUCCACGCGUUCUGAUUCUCGGGUAGAGCAGAACCCUUUGAGAGAGGAUAAUAGUGGCAAUGUGUGCAUGUCUCCCAAAGGAACUAAUCCUCCUGAGCGCAUUAGGGAGUUGCAACCCCCGUCUCGUUUACUGUCAGGGCCGGAUGCUGCAUCCCCUCUGGAUGUCAUGAUUAUGCCGGGUUCGCCUUCCAACAGGCAGUGUACCGUACGACAAAUUCCCAAGGCUGCCUCUGCUGAUAGUGCUAGUGCUGCCGUAGGGCCCAAUCAAGAGCAGCAUCCGCCUCGCUUGCGUCGGCGGUUUGUUGGUCCUGAAAUGGUAGAUCAUCAUAUUGGGUCCAAGGAGGUGAUUUCUCCCACGAAGCCUCCAGAAUUGCUCGAACAGUUGGAAAGGAAGAACUUGCAGCAUGCUUCGGCAGAAGGUACACCUAUUCGGCGUCUUGAGGACGAUCAGGGGUUGGUUCCCAGGUCUCAACACGACAGUCUUGUGAAAGAUCAGCAAGGUCGAGUAUGUCAUCAAUGUUCGGCGAGUGUUGUGGUGCCCUCAGGAACAGCCGGUGAAGUUUCAGUGGAACAGCAACAAAGCCUGGCCCAACAGAGGCACACCGGACGGAUGGAGAAGGGAGCAGUGGCAGCGGCAAUAGAUGGUAGCUCUCAGAGUUCAGGGACAGUAUCUCCUUCUUCCAUGACCAAACAAAGUGCUCAUCCUGUCAGUAGGCCAAGUGUGCCAAGAUACAGUAGCAGGUCAGAGGAGUUGAUAAUCAUUGAUGAUGAAGAUCAUUGUCUUCCAGAUGACCGUAAGAUGGCAGCUGAUCAAGGACGACCCCUGGCAGCACAGGAACGAAUUCUUACGAAGGAUGCGGAACUGGGUAGUGUGGCGGUGAACUUGCAACCAUCAGAAGCAAUGUCGACCUCGUCUCCGGCUGCAAGCAUGGAGCAUGCAGGCCUCCGAUCUGAACUGGCUGCGGCAGGGUGCAUAGCUGCAGCAGCACAGCAGACACCUCCUGUUCGGUUACAUCAUCAUCAUGACCAGCCGCAGCAGCAGUGCAUGCGGGCACCAUUUCUGUCCAUACCUCAGUCCUUAGCAGCUCUUCAACAGCAGCAGCAGCAAGCUCGGCCUGCAGCAGAGCAACUCCAUCAUGCAGCUCCUGGGUCAGUUCAAUGGAUUGCUAGCAAUGCAGUUGCGCAACAACAGAGGUCAGGGAUGUUAUCUAGUCAGCGAAUGCCUGCUCAGCAAAGGGCUACAAUUCCACUUAGUCACUCUGAACAAUUGGCUUGGCAGAUCUUGGAGCUUAGUUCAGCGAUUAAUCGCCAGCAGCAACUGCAACAGCAACAGCAACAGCAACAGCAACAGCAACAGCAACAGCAACAGCAACAACAACAACAGCAGCAGCAACAGCAACAACAACAACUGCAGCAGCAACAGCAACAACAACAACUGCAGCAGCAACAGCAACAACAACUGCAGAAGCACCAGCAACAACAACUGCAGAAGCACCAGCAGCAACAAGUACAAUUGCAGCAGCAGCAGCAACAACAACUGCAGAAGCACCAGCAACAACAAGUACAAUUGCAGCAGCAGCAGCAGCAAUUACAGCAACUGCGGCAUCAUCAUCAUCAUCAUCGUCAUCAAUUGCAGCAGCAUGUGGGCAUGCCUUCUUCUGUGGCAACUCAAGCAGGUACAAUAAACAUACAGCAGCAACGGGCAGCGAUUGUGUCAAACCCACAGGUGGCAGGGUCACAAAGGCUCUCUGGAAUUUCAGCUGCUGCUCUUCGUCAGCAGGCUGGCAUAAGUGGCGGGUCUGGAGGGAGCCUGAGGCUUGGACAUUCUCUUGGAGUGUCUACCGCCCAGCAACUUAUUGCUCUGCACAGGUCAGGAGGGAAAGCCAUGCCUACGGUUCAGGUUCAGGCACCCCAUGAUACUAUUGGAACCUAUGAAACCAGGCAGGAUCUGGGAGUUGGAUCUAGUGGUGUCACAACAUCGACUGUGGAUAUUCAGAAUUCGGCAGAGAAACCAACAUCAUUAUAUGACCUGGCAGCUGCUGGUGAUCACCUCCUUUUUAAAGCUUGGAGCUCUCAGUCUUCUGCAGCUGUUGUGUCUGCCUCUCCGCCGCCUGUUGCUGUGCCAGUUGAGAGUGGCACCCAGUCGGUGAUGACUCCACCACAGCUUCAGCAGGGCCAGCCAGAUAGCGCAGGCAGAACUACAGUGAGACAACGGGUAACCCAUCCUCUGAUGUCUCCCAGAUUGGUGGCAUUGCAGGUGCCAUUGCAGCCAUCCAUGCAGCAGCAGCAGCAUCCUGGUGCCACCAUGUCCCCGGCCACCCAGCCUGCACUUGGUGGAGAUGUGCAGCAAACGGCAGCAAUGGGCAGUGGGCUGUUUGUUGUUCCUGGGAAUGCUAGCUCUGCUAGUAAUCCCACAAAAGUGAGUACAGUGGCAGCUGGUGGAGGUGUGGGAAUUGGUCUGUCUUGGCAGGCGUUGGCUCUGCUACAGCAACAGCAGCAGCAAGGCAUGACUGGAAGGCAGCAGCAGGUCUCGGAUGGCCAUAAGGUCAAUGUGCAUGCAAAUAUGGUUCAACGAGCCUCAAAUCAACAACAGAUGCAAGCACUGUCACAGGUGGCAACGGUGCAGCAAAUCUUGAGGGGUUCUCAAGCAGAGGCAGCAGCAGUGGCAUCAGCUGCAAAGGCACUUUGUCCGAACUCUCAUCAUAGUGGCCAUCAGGCCUUGUCUUCCACGCAGGCUCAGAUGAUAUCUCCAAACCCAGUUGCUGCAGCCGCCGCCACUGCUUCACAGGCUGCCCAAGCACAGCUACAAAUGGCAGCGAUGGUGAGGCAGCAGCAACAGGCUGGAUCGGCCACAAGCCAUAUUGGGAUAGCGACCCUUGCUGAAUGUCAAAUGCAUGUUCCUUCCUGUGCUUUGAAUCCAAGCCAAUGUGCAGGCCCUGCAGCUUCUGCUGGUUUGAUCCAUCAACAAAAGACAUCUCACGUACUGCAGCCAUCAGAGUCACAAACACAUUUUCGUGUCACAGCUGCGUCCGCACAAUCAGAGGUUCAUUCUACUGGAGGGACUUCUGUCUGGCUGUCAAACUUGGCUGCAGGAGAAACCCCCAGAAUGGCUCAUUCCUCAGCAGGGCCUUUGCCAUCCCAGCCUCAGUUCCGUCAAAGUCGAGAGAAUCAGCAGCCACAGCCGAUAUCACCCAUCCAGUGUCAGUCUACCUCUGCAGCAGCACCAAAUAGGAUUGUUCCUCCAGGAGCAAAUCCACAGGUGGGACGAAUGUUCGAGAGGUCAGCAGCAGAAGGAACCUUGUUUGCUGUACCUGGGGGAGGUGCUCGAGCACUGGCAGGAGGAAGUGAGUCAACCUGUCGUCUUCCUGUGGAAGCUUGUGGUCAGACCUCUGCACGAGUUGUGCGGUCUUUCCUCUCUGUCCAUCAGACUGCUGCUUUGCCAUCUUUAAUGGCGAGGAUGCAGCAAGGAACUCCAAGUGCGGCAACACAGUUGCACUACACAAAACAGGGCCGCUCAAGCUUGAGGUCAACUGGAAGCUCUGACUCUCAGAAGGUAGACAAUUUGGCAUUGUUCUCAAAGAAGCUUGGUCUUCAUUCCCUGGUAUUAGGCCUUCGGUCGCACGUAUGUCAGUCUGCACCUGUUCCAGGUCAACUCCAAAGUGGUGAUUUUACUGGCGAUGAUGAUGAUGAUGAUGACGGGGAUGAUGAUUGUCAAAUCAUUGGAAUUCUACUUCAGAACACCUAUGAGCGACGCACAGGUUCUAUGGCAGUACCAUUGCCACCGGUGGAAUCAGGCUUGGGGAGAGGGUUGUCGGUUGAUGACCGGUGCCAGCCAGUUGCAGGAACCUUCCGCUGUGCCACUUGUUCUCUAAGGAUCCCCAACUUGGCCGGUGACAGUGGCUUGGCCCAGGAAGUACAUGAGAUGUCAACUGCUGUGCCGCCGGGAAUGAUUGGGCUACCUGGUGACCCGGGUGGUGCAAAGGAUGGUGAGCAACGGGACUGUGCUGCAGCAAAUCAUGAAUCAUUGGCGUUGCUGGAGCCCACAGCAGUUGGUAUUGGAGACGAAUCGUUCUCGUUGUUGGAGCCCAUGACCGGUGCUGAACCGUUCUUGGCAUCGUUUGGACGUUCCUUAGAUUCUGUUGUUGGUCUUGCUGCAAGUCCCAAGAAAAGUACAGCAACAGAUCCCAGAACAGGUCCAACAGCUGGUCCAUCAACGGGUUCUGGAACAGGUCCAUCAACAGGUGGUGGCGCUGAGCUUUCACAGGGGUCGAUCACGGGCAGCGCUGAACAGAUACUGCAUAAUGGCUGUGUUGAGUCAGUUUCCCGGGAGGUAGCUGCAGAGGCGAACAGUGGGAUAGUAAUGCCAUCUGGAGAGGGCCCGAUGGAUUCUGGAGUCAAGGAGAUUGAGAACCCUGCAGGUCGUGGAACUGGUUGCCAGUUGCAGCCCUCACUGGAUGAUGGAAAUGGUGAUUGGGUGGAGAGCAUGACUUCUGUGGCAUUGGAAUUUGCCUGUGCUCUUGAAGGGGGAGAAAACCAACCAAAGUCCAAGGCUGCAGCUGACAUGAAUGCCAAUGUCAGACACAUAGAGGAGCUUGGGACAAAGAGUGCUGCCAGCCAACCAUCUGGGAAUGUUGACGGUGGAGCAGUUGGAAAAGAAGGUUCAGUGGACUUGGAGAUGGAAGUAACUGUUGAAAGUUGUGCGACAAGCACUCUUCCAGGCGAAAUGGACUCAGCGAUGUGUAUUGACAAGGGCGGUGCCGUGCUUGAGAUGAUAUCAGAGAUGAAGGAUGUUUCUGGCAUCAAACAACUGGAGGAUUGCCUCUUGGAGGAACCGGCUGAUGGUUCGCCUCCCGAGAAUCAGACUGAUGAAGAAACUGGGAUGGUUGCAUGCAAGGAAGUGAAUGGCAAGAAGGCGGAUGAGGGUGCAGAAGUAUUUGCUGACAAAUCAAGCGAUCGGGGAGGCGAAGAUGGGGAAGGCAUUGAGGCAUUCACAUGCGUGGCCCGUAGCACCAAUGAUGACAAGGAUGUCAAACUAGUAGAAAGUCCAUCCAAGGAGGAGGUAGGUGUUUGCUUAGGGGAAGGCCUGGAUCAGAAGGGCAGCCACGGGAAACCGAAUGUGUCAGAGUUAGAAUCAACACCCUUGGAGGAAACUAGUCUGCAAGGCCAGGCAGCUGCAGAUAAUAGGGAAUGUGGUGAAAGCCCCAGGGAGAGUCGGAAAGGAUUCAAAGAAGGGAAUCCUCAGGUCGAUGACCUGGUUUCUUUCUUGGCACAAGAGAAAUCAGGUGCACCAUGCCAAGUGGCAUGUGCAGAAGUUGUGGCAUGUGGACAGGGCAGUGAUAAGGAAUCUGGUACGGUAGCGACACCGUCAUCUGUGAUAGAACGAGUGAACUCAGAGGCGGCCGACGACUUAGCGGAGUGGGGAGUAGUUAGUGAAGUAGUAGAGGAUCCAAUGUGGGAAAACGAGUGGGGUCGACGGGCAGCUUCAAGUCCACGGACCAGAGGUGGUUGGAUUGAAGAGCUUGAAGAUGAGGGGGCCGAGGACAUGAAUGCUUCUGAUAAUGUCAUAAGGCAGUGGAAGCAGGGGCUGGUGCAGGAGGGAAUUCUGGAGAGGCAUAGUUUCACUUCUGGAGCUGUAUUAGAGGCCUAUAAGGAGAAAGCUGAUAAAGUUGAGCGUGCUGUGCAGACGAUCAUGGAAACUGCAGCUGUAGAUGCAACAGAGCAAUCAGAUGUUGGUGAAGCUGUGGCGAAUGUUGGAGUGAAGGGAAGGGAUGGCAUGGCACUCUGUGGCAAUGCGUCAGUUGUCGUCUCGCAAGAGACGGAGGCACUGGAAGUAGGCAGUUUUGAUGGGGGACAUCCUCAAGUUUGUUCUGUUAACAAAGCGGGGGGAGGUGGAGGACCUACAUCUGGUCCGUUAUCCAAAGAACAAGUCGUGCCGACAAUGACGAGUGGGUUGGGGAAUGGCAUGAUUCGGUCAGAUGAGGUUGGGGCGGCAGAGGACGCAGCUGCGAGUGCGGAUAACGGAGUAACAUGCAGUGAGGGCAGUGGGAAAGUGGAGGCACAUAACACAUGUACCCCUGUGUUACCAUUCAGUACAUUGAGAGUGGAGGUGUCAGACAAGGAAAACAGGGAAGAAAAUGAUGUCUGUUGCAAUGACAGCUAGUGUGGAUGAUGUUUCGUCUCUCUCCUCAGCAUGCAAGGGCGAUUGGCUGAACGCCUGUUUCAAGCAUGGUGCCAGAGCAGAAGAAACCAAGCCCAUUCAUCCAUCUGGCAUUCCCUGGCUGCAAGGGGCAAAUCACAUUGUUGCUAUGUGCUUCACGAACAGUGUCUCUGGAUCACGAUUGAUCUGUGUGGUUUCUGCACUAGCAAUAACGUCAACUCUGCAGGCUGUACAUAUGCACUGCUUGCCUGGGUGAUAAGACAUAUUGUAAACUACCCGUGCAUGGCAUGUUUGAUUUGCACAUCUGCUUUUGUCUCUUUCUUUCCCUUGCUUUCCUCUUUCAGCCCCGUUCUCGGCUUUCCCUCGUGCCGUUGCGAGGCCAAACUGAUCAGCAGUGGUCCUUUGUUUGUCGUAUUCCUGCGAACCUGCAGGGAUGUGAAAAGUAUCCUCAGAGAACGUGCGUGCAGAAUAUGAGACCCUGAAACCGGAUUCCCAUCCCUAAACUGCCCUAAACCCCUUCUAGAGGCUCAGAAGCUGGGUUGUUAGGAAUGCAGGGGAAAAUAAGAUUUCAUGUCCAUGGUUCCUACUAGCUGAAAAUAAGGGACAAGGUCAAACAUGAAUUAACUUGGCAUAGACUCAGCUAGAGAACGGCGUCGGUGGCCUUAAUUGUGACCAUUCCACACAAACUCAGCUGGCAACUUUAGAAAGGAGGUAACCAAGACAACCGUAGUAACACAGAAAAGGAUGUGAAAUUGCGAGUGGCAUAAAUAUUUUGACGACCGAAGUGGCACCUGCGUGUAAGUGCUCGAGGAGGAAACAGCAGAAUGUGGUCAAAUUAACAGCUGAAUUGAAUGUCAACACAAGAGAAAACAGAUAGCAGCACAUAAUCCUUGUGCUGUGUGAUGUCGAUCCGUAGUCGAGAUGAGCUGUGUGCUGGCAGUCCGGCCAACAACGGGGAACCACGCUUGCACAGAAGAUCCGCUCAGCGGACCCGGUUUGCACUGAAGGAAGAACUAGAAGAGGAAGGAGGGAAUGGUAAACUCUCAUUUAUUGGAACUCAUGGUUCCUGGUUCAUCUUGUCCGAAGCUUGCAACAACGACUCUCUGCCAGGCGGUACAGCUGAUUUCACCAAACCUCCCGCAUUCCAAGCCAGACGAUUGUGACCCUGAAGUGCCUCCACCUACACUCCAAGCCCUGCCUUUCUCACUAGGUGAGGUGAGGUCCCUGGCGGACUUUCAUUGAAGGGCCCUGGGACACCCAGCCAGAAUGGGGAGGAGCAUUUGUGUAACUACCUACUACGUGUGUUGUGACUUGCUGGUGGACGAGGAACCAGAGUGAUACACCCCAUGCCCCCCCCGCCCCAUUGUUUCUUAAUCACAUAUCGUCUCACAGGUACCAAGUUGAACGCCCGUAGUCCUCACAGGGGCAUAAGGAUAACCCGGAAGGUUGAUUUAUUCACUGCUUUGGCUUGUUAGACAGGUAUUGUACAGGUUCUGACGCGAUCGUUUCCCCACUCAGUCUUAUGGCCCCUUGAUUGUUUCAAUUCCUGUGGGCCUAACUGGGUUUUGAACGCCAGUUUUGCCUGAUGUUUGGCCAAGUGCAUGUUCAAUCGUUCAUCUCUUAAUAAUCCUGGGUUCAACCUGGGAUGCCUUUUGCUAGGCCAGUAGUUUAGAUGCUACCCCCUUUAGCCGGUAGUCUGUAGGUAGGUAAACCGUUGAGGGAUAGGUGGAGAAGAGGGAGAAGUACGAUUGCACCCUGCCUUGUUUUGUGUACCUGAAGCUUUUCGGAUGAGGGAGUGUUUUGCCAGAGUGCUAUUGAGGGAAAGACAGGGUGCAGCCAAAGCUGCACAGCUUUCUAUGCAUGUACGAUGACUCUGUUUUCUGACUCUUGUAUCAUGACAUAUG